UUUGUGCAAGACAGUAAGCCCUGGAUCACCAUGAAAAUGAAUGGCAGGACAUUUCACAGUAAACAGAUACUUUGUAUUUUCCUCCUGCUCCUGACAUUCUAUCAUGGAUGCUAUGGUACAGCAACAUACUUCAAUGACAGAGAAACACUUGAGGAAGAAAACUUAGAAUGGAUGACAAACAUCAACAACGACAUUGAACUUUCUAAACUGUUUAUACCUGGCACACAUGAUUCUUUAGCUCUCUAUGGUGGGUUUGCUGUAGAGUGCCAAUCAUGGAAACUGGAAACUCAGCUUAAGGCAGGUGUUCGGUAUUUUGAUCUCAGGGUGUGGAAUCUUAUUAAUAGACCAACAAAAAUGAUGCUUACUCAUGGUCCAGUCAUACAAUUUAAAUGGUUGUCUUCAGUAUUCCAGGACAUGGUAAAUUUUUUAAAAGACCAUAAAUAUGAAACUAUUUUGAUUAGAAUAAAGCCUGAAGUGGCAUUUACGAAGACUGUAAAGGAAAACACACUGUCCUUGCUCGAAACAUUAAAUUAUAACAGUUAUGUAUACCCUGACCCUGUGGCGGUUGAAAGCCAGGCUGAAUCUCCAAAAAUGAAGGACGUGAGAGGCAAAAUUGUAUUUUUAAAGUUAAAGGAUAGAUUUGAUUUUGGAAUACCUUAUACCACCACACAUGAGUCAGGGGCACACAAAGUCACUGAAAUUUCAGAUAAAUUGAAAAUGGUCUUAGAAAACAUAAACACCAAAAUGACCACAACAGACACUGAUGAACAAAUUGAAAAGGAACUGGACCUGAUACUUUCCUAUUCCAGUGGAACUGGCAUGGGGAGUUGGAAGCCUUGGUUAACCCCAAAGAAAAUUGCUGAGGACAUCAAUAACCAACUGGCUGAGAACCUAAACGCGUUGUCAAAUAAAAUUGUCCUUCAUGGCAUCCUUGCCAUGGAUUUUCCUGGGCCAGAUCUCAUCAAAAUUGUAAUAGAUUUCAAUAAGCGCCAUCUAGUAAACAAACCGGGUACUAGCAAUGGUAAAAGGUCACUGAAAAGAGGGCAAGCCUAGAAACCGAUCAGUCACAGUGCUAAAAGCUUGCUCGUGCCAUUUACAAGGUGUUUUCAAAUCACUGAUUUGUCAUUCCAUAAAGAUAAUGCUGCUUUGCUAAUAUAAUGCUUAUAAUGCUGAGUGUAUGCAGAGGAGCAUGUGCCAUUCAAUAAGUAUAUUCAUCAUUUGUUUGAUGUAAUUUGUAACACUG